CGGGCACUUCGAGUGUCUUGUCUGGAUGCCGCGGUUUUUUGGCUGUGCAAACGUGCUGGAAAACAUAUUUUUACCUUAAAUUUGAUAAUAUUUUAAGAAUAUUUGCGUGUUUUGUAGUCAAAUUUAGUUAGUAAAGUGAGACAGUACGAGUGAAUAGUUAAAUUUCAGUAAACUAUGUAAAAACAACACAAAAUGAGCGACGACUACGAACUGGAGGAGCAGCGACUCCUCCGACGGAAGAAAAAAUCCUCGGAAGCGGGCAACUUGCAACAGCUGGCGGAAACAUGUCGCAAGCUGGGUGAGCUGUACGGCAACCGUGGCGAGCAUCUGAAGGCCCUGAACGAGUACAAGCUGGUGGCCAAGGCCUUCAACCGGCUGAACAUGCAAAUGGAAGUGGGCCGGGCCAAUCGGAUGAUUGGCGAAAUGUUUAUGCUGCUGGGGGAGUCCGAGAAAGCCCUGCAGUACGAGAAGCUGUACCUGGACACGGCGCGCAAUGAGAAGGACAAGGUGGAACUGCAGAGAGCCUACAUCACAAUCGGGAGGACCUAUCUGUUGAAAGGUCAGAGCUGCGAAAGGGCGGAAGCGGCUAAGGAAUCGCUGUGCGAAGCCGAGAAAGCCUUCGUCAAAGGCCUGAAGCUGUGUCGAGACCUAAAGGAAGUGGGCCGGUUAGAGCAGUCGGAUAUGGAAGCUCGAGCCAUACUGAAUCUGGGAGUAACGAAAGAGCACCAAGGAGACCUGGAGGAAGCAGUUCAGUAUAUGCAGAAAGCUACAAAGAUCGCUCAGAAUAACGACAUCCAGGACCUGGAACAUUUGUGCUUGAUGUCUACGGCUCAGUUGUUCAACGGAAAGUUGAACAAUCCCGCUAAGGCAUUGAAGUUGCUCAAUGAAGCACUGGAAGUGGCAUCAAGGCUUAGCGAUAAGACAGCGAAAAUGUGCGAGACACUUUCGGUAAAGGCCGAUGCCAUGAUCAAAAUGGGAGACUUCCAGAGUGCCAAGCAGGCUCUCAAGAAGGCUUAUCACAUGAAAACGCCGAUAGUUUCGGAUGCCGAGAGCAUUGAACGGAACUUGAAGGUUCUGGUGGCGAUCUGUCGUGUGGAGGAUGAAUUGAUUACGACCGAUACCACCAAUUAUGCUAAGAAGAAAAUUCUGUAUGAGAAGAUGGGCGAUGGUUCUUGCAAACUGUACAAUUUCGGCAAAGCGAUCGAUUACUAUUUGAAAAUGUUGGAAUGCGCCGAACUCAAUGGAGAAGCAGACCGUCAGCUGAUUCCAAUUUACGUGAGUCUCUAUCAAACGUACAAGGAUAACAAGCAGUAUAAGCCGGCACUGGAAUACAUGUUGAAGGAAUACGAACUGAUUAAGGACGAACCGAAGGAAGCGUACAACACUCUUCUGAGCAUCAGCGAGAUUUACGAAAUCGAAAAACGCAACUAUUUCGAAAUCGAGAAUAUGUAUCGCCGGGUUCGCCACGAAGCCCAAAAGCUCCAGUCGUUGUCAUUGCAAAGGGCUCCCCUCAAACGAUGCAUUGCGAUGUUGAGGAAAAACUGCAUGGACUUGGUGGCGGAAAACCUGGAGAAGGAAGCAGCCGAUCUCGGAAUCGAUCUCAAUCUUCCAGACGACGCUAAUGCUACUGACGAGUCGGACGAUGAACCGGAUGAGGCGGAAACGGCGGCCGCCCUAGAGGGAAGCACUCCAGACAUCGGCGAAGAUGUGGAUCUAGAAGAUCUGACCGAAUCUGAGGACGAUAGUUCCCAAAAGCAAGCAGAGAAGCAGCCCGAGUCCCGAGCAUCACGCAAACGUGGAAUGUCCUUUCAGAUCAAGAGGAACAAUAAGGGCGAAACCCAGCUCCAUCAGGCCUGUAUCAAUGGGAAUAAGGUUUUGGUUCAGAAACUUCUGGAACAAGGCCAUCCCAUCAACCCGCGAGAUCAUGCCGGAUGGUUGCCAUUGCACGAGGCUUGCAAUAAGGGCGUCAAAGAGAUUGUCGAAAUGCUUCUGGACAGGGGAGCGCACAUAAACGACAAAGGGGGAACCAGCUGUGACGGAAUCACUCCUUUGUACGAUGCGUGUUCCAACGGAAACCUGGAAGUCGUAGAACUGUUGCUCGAAAGAGGAGCCAAUUGCACACUUCGUACCGAUUCCGGAGACACUACCCUAAACGUUCUGGAAAACUGGUACAAUGGCGUCAAAGAUUUCCUUCCUUCCGAGCGAAAAUCGUUCUACCAGUCUGUUCGUGAUCGAAUUAUUAGUUGCUUCGAUAAAGCUGGCAUCAAACCUGGGGAAGGUGGAACCAUACCCGAAUCGAUCGAAUUGGAACCAUCUCCCAGUGGGGCAGUUCGUUCCACGCGUCGUCGUCCGAAUCGUCUAGGGCGGUCGGAUUCCGACUCGGAAAACCAUGAAACCCGUUCGGUGGCCCAUACCACUCGCAGUUCCGGAUACGGAAGCACUAAAGGGACUGCUUCCAAGAACCGACCACCAGCUGUCCAAUCGGACGAUUCCAGCCUUUCGUCCGAUGAAGAAAGUGGUGUUCGCGAAAAAAGCGCGCGCCGAUCGACCGGAGUAGACGACUACCGCAGCGCCAUGCAAGUUCUGCGGAAGGGAAACGGGGCGCGGGCUCAGAUCGUAUCCCCUCUCAAAGAUCCUAAUCCAGGACCGAGCAAACGCAGCGCCUUCCUGCGCAGCAACGAGAUCGGUGACGACUGGCUGAUCGAUGAUCUGGGCCCGAACAAAAAACGACAGAAAUUCCAUUCGGAAGCAGAAUACCUCGAACCGAAAAGGCGGACUCCCAAGCGAACCAACAAUCGGAACACCAGUCCACAGAGACCGCUUCCAAUUUCCGACCAGACCAUAACAACCACUGCUUUGGAGUACGACUCGGAUGAACCGGAACUAGUAAGCGUGUCAUCAUCACGGCGAAUUCGGCGAGCCUCUUCGGAGGACAGUGGUUCGGAUGCGCAUCAGAUUCUGAUGAAUGCAUCCGGGAGAAGCUUCUCUCGAAGACCGUCCACUCAAUCCAGGGGUUCAAGACGGCUAUCCAACGGAAGCUUCAACAGAAAUCAAACAUCACUCUUGGAGGCAGGAUUCAACGUAUCGUCGUCUCGAUCGGUCAGUCCGCCCUUUUCGUUGAUGUCCCCGACUAAGAACAUCUACGGGCAGAAGUCCCCAUCGAUGUCAUCGAUGUCGGCGUUCACCGAAAAACGAACCCCAGUGAAGACCCUGCCGCCCAACGUGGUGAGAGUUAUGGUCGAAGGUGAGUCGAUCGAUAUUACCUACGAUCCGGAGCAGAUCAUGCAAAUCAGCGUGGGAUGGCUAGUCAACGAAGUAGUCAAACGCUACGGAAUAAAACAUGGCAAACGACCCCUGCUGAAGUUGCUUCGAUCGGAUGGAGGGUUUUGCUUGGAAACCGAUCCGCUUACGACUUUGCUGGACGGUCCCAAUUCUAUCAUAUACUCGUACCUGACUGAGCUUAAAGCGAUGGAACCGUGCGCGUUCUACAAGGACUGCUGCAAGGAACGUGGUGUUGAACUCAUCUCCAAGCUGGUGGAAGCGGUAGAGGGCGUACACAUCAACCACAAUUUCACCCUUCCCAGAGAUGUUUCCCAUGACAUCGACCGCCAGUGGGAUAUCCUCUUCAAAGCGCUCGCAACUCAUGAGCAUCUGAAGACGCUCAACCUUUCCUGGAACAAAGUUACGGAUUCCGUCGUAGCCAACCUCGCCCAGCAGCUACCCAACCUCAAGGAACUUGAGGUGCUCAACCUCUCGAUGAAUCGCAUCACGUAUAAAGGCGUUUCCCUCUUAUCAACUCCAAUCGCGGACUCCAAUCAAUUCUUGACUGAGCUGGAUCUCAGUCGAAAUCCGCUUCAAGAUCAAAGUUUACCAGCACUGACCGUUGCAUGCCAGCAACUUAAACGACUGAAAAUCCUGCGGCUAGCAUCUACGGCUAUAACGAACCUUACCUACGCAGAACCACAUCUCGACAUAUCUAACCUUGAGGUGUUCGACGUGUCGGAGAACCAACUCAACAAAAAGUCAAUCGAAUACCUCUUAUCCAAACCGCACACCCCGAUGAUAAUCGAACUGAAUCUGACAUCGCUAGGCAAACUGCCAGAUUUCAAAUUUGCCCUGACCACGGCAGUUCAAACCCAAGCCUUCGACAUGCUGAUAAGACUGAACCUAAGCAACUGUGCCUUAACCGAUCAUGAUCUAAGCCUAAUAAUCAAUCCAUUGAGCACCACUGCCGAGAAACUCAGAAUCGUCGAUCUGUCGUUCAACGCCGAACUAACGUGGAAAAGUCUAGAAGAAAUUAUGAAAACCUUCACACGUCGAUCAUUGCAGGUUAAUCUGUCGCAAAACCCUUUGAUUUUGAAGGAUUUCAAUGGAGAGGACGCGUUUCAAGCGAUCGACUACAACCGAAAGAAAUCCUAUCCAUGCGAAUUACAAAUGAUGCUGCCGAGGUCAGUGACGGAUCAACGGUUGGACAAUCUUCGCCAGCAGCUGAAAUUGUUUUGGGAGAAGCUGUGGCACAAUCAUGCUGAUAUCAAAAUUAACGAACAGAAGGUCAUGUUGUCGGUCGGUUACAGCCUAGAUGUAUCGGAUAAUCGGUUAAACUAAGAGUUUUAGGAUUUCAAUUACCAUCAGUGAACCAGUUGCCGCUCAUGCCCUAUUACCGCUCCAUAGUGUAAGGGCCCAUUCACAAAUUUCAUAACGCUUUAGGGGGUGGGUGGUUGUCCUAACGUUGUUACGGCUCAUACAAAAAGCGUCACGAGGGGAUGGGUGGGUGUCCAAAAUGUCCAAUUUAAGCGUUAUGAAAUAUUUGAAACAGCCCUAAAAACUAAUUUUUCGUUUAAAAUGCAAUCUUUUUUGGCACGGAUAUCUUCGAGAAACAUCAACAGCUUCCAAAUGAAUUAUUAAUCUACUUGAAUGGCUUUUCGCCACUUAAGUCGUCCCACAUUAUUUUAUUUGUUAAAAUAUUUUUUUUUUAUAUGUUAGAAACACAAAACCCUGUGAGCGGCUAUGGGGCGGUCCAUUUAUUACGUAAGGCAAUUUUCGGGAUUUUUCGACCCCCCCUCCCCCCAUGAUAAGAUUUUUUGUAUGAAAAUUAAAAAUAAAUUGUAUGCCGCGUAAGAAAUCUCAAACCCCCCCCCCCCUCCCCCCAUAAACCCUUACGUAAUUAAUGGAUCGCCCCUAUUGGGUAUUUUUGUGUGUUCCAAUAAACGGUCAUGCAACAAUUUAAUUGUCGAUUUCAAUAUAAAGUCUUCUUUACUGUUAUAGCUAGCUCUGGUUUGAUUAUAAAAAAUAUCAUGGUAAAUAACGACCCGA